AUGGCAGAUAUGGAUGAAGAUGCGCCUAUAAAUUCUCUUUACAAUCAAUCGAACGAAGAUAACGAAGAAGGUGAUGAGACCCAAGAUUUCCGCCUUCUCGCAUCCCUCAGUUCAAAGACAGGCUCAUUACCCAAACGCGGAGAGAAGGAUUUCGAACCCCACGGUACGAAACAACAAGAUGGUGUACUGGCUGCAUCGAGGCAGGCAAUGCAUGAUGCGCUCGAUUACACAAGAUUUCAUCUGCCAAAGGCGCAUAUAAGGGCUUUUUAUUAUGGGGAGGGUGUAGGAGAGGGGCUGGAGAGAGAUGAGCUAGUAGGUGAGGAGUGGAGGAAGGGUUUGGAGGCAGAUCAUAUUGUGGUGGUGGAGAGCCCUAGGGGACCACAUUUCAGGACAAUUGGGAGGGCGAAUGAGGGAAAACACAAGAGCAGUUUGUGGUUAUUACCCGAGGAGGCGCUAUAUCUAGUCGAGAGAGGAAAUCUAGACUUAUGGUGGCCGAACAAAUCUUCAUACAAUGGGGUCGAAGACGGGGAAAGUGAUAAGAGGGGAGAUUCUGGAGAUGAGGAUGAAGGCGCACCAAUGAGUUUACAGGCUGCAUAUGCUAUGCUUGUUGGUCUCGAUGGUGAGAGAGGAAAGAUCAGCUUAGAAAGGUACAAUGUUUAUGCCAAUCUGAAAAGAAAUGGAUAUGUUGUUACUAGAGGUCCAGAUUGGGAUCCAAGCAGUCCCGCCAAACCUUUUGAAUACGGACCCACGCCAGGAGAGUCAAAAGGUUUGUUCACCUGGCUUUUCGAUCUGUUCGCGAAAGACACAACACAUUCUCCACAUGGCCCAUUGGUACAACCAGGUCUACACAGAUCUUACGAUUCUAUUUACCGCCAAAUGGCCAUAAUACCCCGAUACAAACCGUCUCCAAUACCUGAUGAAUCCUCCAAACCUCCGUCUCAUCCAUUUCGCGUUUGCUUUCAUAUCUGGAAGCCAAGUAGCAUCCCUACAUUCGCCAAAACAAACCCAGGUUCCCCAGAUUUCCGUAUAGCGGUCGUGGAUGCGAGAGAGACCUUUGUGCCUACCUUACCAGAGGUAGUAUCGCUAUUUGAUAGCUCGCCUUGGGAUGCACCGGGAAAGAGCAUGGAGGGCCCGAACAAAGUGUACAACAGGAUCAGACAUGGGUAUAGGAAUGUAAUUCUAGCAGUCAAUGAUCAGGGAAUCAUCAGCUAUCUGAGGAUGGGAGAUUGUGCGUUUGGGGAAGAGAAAUUGUAUGAGAGAUUUGACGAGGGCAAUUCACGAGGUAACAAGAGAGGUGGAAGACGGGGGAGAGGUGGUGGCAGGGGUAGAGGCAGAGGUAGAGGUCGAGGUGGGAAUUGA